AUGGAAAAUGAGAUUAAAUCUAAAAAUCUAUUUAGCCAAGUUAUACAGGAAUUAAAGCUUAAAAGCAUUAUCUUUAAAGAAGAUAAGUCUCAUUAUAAAUUUAAUUAUAAUGAUACUUCAAUUUCUAAAUUAUCUCAAAUUGAUCAAGUUUCUAUAAAUUUAGAAAAUGUACAGUUAUCAGAGUAUGAUGACACAGAAUAUAAAGAUGAGUUUUACAAAGAUAAUAUAAUGACAAAAUCUGAAAGUGUAUAUUUAAAUUCUUCAAAGUAUAAAAAAUAUUCGAAACCUUCAUUUGAAUCUGCAAAAAUAAAAUAUCCAGUAGUUUACCCAUAUCCAAUGACAUACGUAUCUCAAUCUUUACCAAGUCCCCCUAAACAGCAUACCCUCCGUAAAACUGGUAUUAAUUUAAUUGAAGAAGAAUAUAUUUGCCCCAAACUAUCUACACAAGAAUCUUUGAUAUCCAGUAAAAAUUUAACAAUUCCUGAAUAUUUAGGAACAAAAUCAAAAUUUGAAUUAGAUAGCUACAACCAAAAAUCAUUUAAGUUUAAUUCAAAAAAAAAGAAUUGUAAGCCAAGAACACAACUCUUUGCUCAUAUUAAACCUUUAGAGAUUUGUCACAAAGGAAGUUUAUAUAGUAUUAAGACUGAAACUUAUGAUUCAAAUGAUGAAAAUACUUGUAAUGACCUUGGUAAUUUACAAAAAGAUGAAAGUUUUGAAUCUAUAGAUAAGUAUAAUAUAAUUGAAAGACAAAUUAAGAAUAAACAAGAAAAUUCAAUUUGUGAAUCCAAAAAUAGAUCAAAUAAUGAAACUAUGAAUCAUGUAGUAGAUAGGUUCUUAGAACCAGAUAAAAGUGCUAAUAAUACUUGCUUGAUAUAUAAAUUACGGUCGGAACAUACUCAUACAAGACAUAGACCUUUAUAUGAUGAUUCUAAAAACAUUGAAAGUCUGGAUACACAUUUUGAUAUAUCAAAAGUUAAACAGGAAAGAAAAAAAUCACAGCCUAUUGAUUAUCCUAAUCAAACUAAAUUUAAAAAUAUACCUUCAUCUGUAAAAAAUAUCUAUAGUUACAAGAUAGAUAAUCUUGUAGAUCAAGGAGUUGUUAGUGAUUUAUGUGAAGAAGCUAGAAUAUCAAUUCCUCCACUUCCACUCGCUCCAUUACCUAAUCUAAUAGAGCCUACUACAAACUAUAAUAAUAUAGGAAAAAUAUCAAAAACUAUAUUUAAACCUACAGUAGUAACUUCAAGACAUGAAAUGAUGGCUCAAUUACUGGAUAUUGCGUAG